ACCCCCCCCAGGUGUCCCCAGUGUCCCCCCGCUGUCCCCAACCCCCCCAGGUGUCCCCAACCCGUUCCUCCUGUCCCCAACCCCCCAAUAUCCCAAAUGUCUCCGCUGUCCCAAAUGUCCCCAAUGUCCCCAACCCCUGUCAACGUCCCCAUUAUCCCCAAAUCCCACGUCCUCAACGUCCCCAAAGUGUCCUCAACGUCCCCAAACAUCCCCAAUGUCCCCAACCCGAUGUCACCUGGAUGA